AUGAAAGAAGCUAUGAUUGAAUCUGGAGUUAAUGAUGAUGAAAUUGAUAAAGAUUCAGAUGAAGAAAAAGAAGAAAAGAAAAAAGCAGCAAAAAAACGUGCUGGUUAUGAAAACGAUGAAGAUUUUGAUAAUGUUGAUACUAAAAAGGAUGCAGAAUUUGCACCGGAUGACAUUGGUUCGGGUGGAAGUGACACGGAAGAAGAAGAAGAAGAUUAUAAUGAAGAUGAUGAAUCAAGUGAAGAUGAUUGGAAAGGUAAACAACGUCGAUCUUUACCAAAAAAGAAAACGAAUACAAAAUCUCAUCGUCGUAAAUCAAAAAAUAAAUCAGAUGAUGAAGAUGAUGAUGAUGAUGAUGACGAUGAUUCUCUUUCUGAUACGGAAUUAAAUAAUAUUCAAACAGCUAAUAGAACAAAAUCUGCAACAACAAAUGAUAAUGAUUUAAAUGAAAGUGGAAAUGAGGAUCGACGUCGAUCAUCACGAGCAACAACUCAAAGAAAUUAUGCUAAACAACAAGACUAUGAUAGUAAUGAUGAUGAUGAAGAUCUAGAAGAUUUAUAUGAAAAUGGUCGUCCACCACCAAGACGUAUGCGUUAUAAAAAACGACGCGGUAGUGAUGACUCAUUUGUUGAUGAUGAUGAUGAUUAUGAAAAAUUACAACGUAAACGUAAAAUAGUUAAAUAUGGUAAAUCAAUGUCACGAUCAAGUAUAACCGAUCAUUUAAAAAAUCUAGUCGAUGAAGAUGAAGAACCAACAGAGGGUAAACGUUCAGCAUCAUCAUCACAAGAAAGGACUCAGGAGGAUACUACAGAUGUUCCAAAACAACCAAAUAAAGUUCCAAAUCCAGAAUUUAAUGAACAACAACCAUCCGAUGAUGAUGAUUUUCCAGAUGAACAAGAAAUUUUUAAAGCGAAUGGUUUACUUAAAUUCCAAAAAACUUUAACUGCACCCAAACCUACUGGUUUUCGACCACCACCGUUUGGAGCUCCGACACAUUCAUAUCAACAUGCAAUCGUCGAUCCGACAGCACGUUUUGCAAUGAUUCGUCCACCAGUUCGACCAGCAAUAAAUAAUGGUUAUCCAUCCAAUGGACAUGAUCCUAAUCUAUCUGAAAAUCAACAACAACCGAGUGAAGUCAAUGGUCAUAUUGAACCAUCGUUAUGA